GCUUAAGGCAAAUGUCAAUGGGGGGGAAAAAAGAGAAUUUCCCUUAUACCCCUAUUUUCCUCAUCCCUCUUUGCCUCCGCGGCGCUCUUGGGAGGAAGGCCGUGUUCCAAGCCUUUUGGAAAGGGGCAAGAGGCUGCUGAGUGUGUGGGUGUGUGUGCGUGAGGGUCACGUCGCCACCCUGGAGGCGGAGCCAGCAAGUCUCGGCUGGAAGGGCCCCCCAGGACCCCCCUCAGAGCCUCACGGUCCCCCCUCUGUUGGUCCCACGGGGUUCCCUAACCCGGCCACUCCAAACACCUUUUCUGGACCGUCCACUCCAACAUUUAACCCACCUGGUCCUACUCUGAACAGACCCUCUCCAGGACCUCCCACAGGUCCCCAAGGCCCUUCAUCAAAUCCUGGGAAUUAUCCUUCGGGCCCUGGUGGCCCUCAACCCUUCAACACGCCUCCCAACAGCUUUUCGGGGCCGCCAACCUCAGGCCCCCCAUCAGUCCCCUUCCCCGGCUCCCCUGCCCCUUCCAAUGCAUCCACACCUGGUCCUGGAGGACCCUCUCCCUUCCCUGGGCCCCCAGGGGGAGGUCCUCCAACUAGCAUGGCACCCACCAGCAUGUCUGGACCUGGGCCAUCACCCAUGCCAUUUCCUUGUUCCUCUAACUACAGUAGCCCCACUCCCACAGGCCCCCACAUGAAUGGCCCAAACAGCACUUUAGGGAUGUUAGGGCAGCCUCAUGCUCAGAUGAUCAAUGGUCCACCUGGUCAUCCAGGGCCUUUUCCAGGGCCAGGAGGGCCUGGACCAGGUUUUUCUGGCCCAGGAGGACCUUUUGGUCCUGGAGGACCACCUUUUGGUUCGGGGGGACCACCGGGGGGCCCUCCCAUGCACGGUCCAAUGCAUGGACCUAUGCAUGGACCAGGACCACAUCCAAUGAUGGGACAGAUGGGACCCAUGGACAGGAUUGAUCAAGGAAGACCAAUCACAUGUGGGCGUAUAGGCCUUCACGCCCUCACGCAUUUAAUGAGAAUGAUGCAAGAGGAAGAGCCCAACAGACGACACACACCUUAUUUUGGCCAGCCAGACUACAGACUGUACGAGCUCAACAAACGGCUGCAACAGAGGUCUGAGGAGUCUGACAAUCUGUGGUGGGAUGCUUUUGCUACAGAGUUCUUCGAAGACGACGCCACUCUGACGCUCACCUUCUGCCUUGAGGAUGGCCCUAAGAGAUACACUAUUGGAAGGACCCUGAUUCCUCGUUACUUUAGAAGUAUUUUUGAAGGUGGUGUAACAGAGCUCUACUAUUCCCUUAAACACCCAAAAGAAUCGUUCCACAACACGUCAAUAACUCUAGAUUGUGACCAGUGUACUAUGGUCACUCACCAUGGAAAACCCAUGUACACUAAGGUCUGUACAGAUGGUAGACUCAUUUUAGAGUUCACAUUUGAUGACCUAAUGCGCAUCAAGUCGUGGCAUUUUGCCGUCCGUGCCCACCGUGAGCUUAUUCCACGGUCUGUGGUGGCCAUGCACACGCAGCAGGACCCUGGCAUGGUGGAGACACUUGGCAAGAACAUCACACGGCAGGGCAUCACCAACCACACCCUAAACUACCUCAGGUUAUGUGUGAUUUUGGAGCCCAUGCAGGAGCUCAUGUCACGGCACAAAGCAUACGCACUUUCCCCUCGAGACUGCCUCAAGACCACUUUGUUCCAAAAAUGGCAACGAAUGGUUGCACCACCAGGUGCAGCUAAUCAAGCAAAUGGUAAAAAUGGUGCCGAUGGAGAAACUCAGCGUGCGCCAAACAAAAGGCGGAAGCGGAAAGGCUCUCAGUCAGGUCAGAAUGCGACUGCAAACUCCACAGGCUCAGGGAAGAAAAGAUCCCCAGGACCGAACUUCAGCCUUGCCACCCAAGUCUCCUGACCAGGCUGAUCAUUUCCCAUGAGGUGAAGCUGAUCUCCUCUCUAGGUAGUAUUGCCUCUCUGGUUGCUUAGUUAGUCUAUAGUCCUAGGUUAAGCCAGAUAAACCUUGGCUACUGCCCGGCAACCAUCAGAACACUGGCCAAAGAUUAAUAUGGAGGGAGGCAAAAGUUGUUUCUGAAGACCAUCAGGAAAACAAUCCAUGCCCAUCAAACUGUCUUUUGUCUGUUUUCAUAUUGAAUCCUUUCCCAUAUAUUUUGAUUGUUACCUGGAAGUCGUCCAACUUUUAAGUGGGUUAUCCUACAGUUAAGCAAUGCAUUCUGCAAGAAUAUUAUUUUUAGAGUUUUUAGACUUUUAUUAAAGUAAAGUAGUUCAUUUGUGAUAUGUGCAUUGUGAAUUAUACUUUUGUUGAAAAUGUGAAGUCCACUAUUAUGCAUAUGAAUUAAGGAGAGGCGGUUUUGAUUUCUGUUGCAUAUCGUCUUUUUAGACUCAACUUUUUAUUGAUUUUAUUACUUUUUUGAAUAUGAAUUUAGAUUAUAUCAUUCAUCAGUAUGAACCGCUCUUCUUCAAAGAUCAUAUG